AACACACAGUCAACUUGGACUGCUGAACAACUGGUAACAAGCUGAUACACUUUACCUGACGUGGACAGCUACGUGUAGGGGGUUUCUGUUCAUGCAUGGUGUUUCUCUAUCUUCCUCUAUUCAGGUAUCAGUCCGGCGUGAGACAGCGUUGGAAAUCAGCGUGUGCGGGUGACAUAACGAAAAGAGAAAAAUGUCCAAACAGGCAGCGAACGGGGUCCCGCAUCGGGGCAAGGUUCUAACUUUGGACAACAUGAACCCCAAUGUGAAGCGGGUCGAGUACGCGGUGCGAGGUCCCAUAGUGCAGCGGGCGGUGCAGAUCGAGAGGGAGCUGAAAGAGGGUGUCAAGAAACCUUUCACAGAAGUCAUCAAGGCUAACAUUGGAGACGCCCACGCCAUGGGCCAGAAACCAAUCACAUUUCUCAGACAGGUUUUGGCUUUGUGUUCUUACCCAGAACUCCUUGAAGACAAUAAGUUUCCAGAGGACGCCAAGCAAAGAGCGCAGCGAAUUCUCGAUGCAUGUGGAGGCCACAGUAUAGGGGCCUACAGUGCAAGCCAGGGCAUCGAGUGUAUCCGUCAGGACGUGGCACGCUACAUCGAGAAGAGAGAUGGUGGGAUCCCCUCCAACCCGGACAACAUCUACCUUUCCACCGGUGCCAGUGAUGCCAUUGUGACCAUGCUGAAGUUGCUGGUGCGGGGCGAGGGUCGUGACCGUACAGGAGUGAUGAUCUCCAUCCCACAGUACCCUCUGUACUCUGCAGCCGUAGCAGACCUGGGCGCUGUGCAGGUCAGUUACUACCUGGACGAGGACAAGUGCUGGAGUCUGGACGUUGCCGAGGUCAGGAGAGCUCUCAAUGAAGCCAGGCAGCACUGCAAUCCUCGUGUCCUCUGCAUCAUCAACCCUGGAAACCCCACUGGUCAAGUCCAAAGCAGACAGUGCAUUGAAGAUGUGAUCAAGUUUGCAAAAGAGGAGCAUCUCUUCCUUAUGGCUGAUGAGGUCUACCAGGAUAAUGUGUAUGCAGAGGGCUGUAAGUUUCACUCCUUUAAGAAGGUGUUGUUUGAGAUGGGACCAGAGUACUCCAGCACAGUGGAGAUGGCAUCCUUCCACUCCACCUCCAAGUGCUACAUGGGAGAGUGUGGAUUCCGUGGAGGCUACAUGGAGGUGAUUAACAUGGACCCUGAGGUGAAGGCCCAGCUCACCAAACUUGUGUCAGUGCGUCUGUGCCCCCCAGUUCCCGGACAGGCUCUCCUGGACCUGGUGGUCAACCCCCCACUGCCAGACGAGCCCUCCUACACCACGUUUAUGAAGGAGCGGUCAGCGGUGUUAGCAGCUUUAGCAGAGAAAGCCAGGCUAACGGAGCAGAUCUUCAACACAGUACCUGGUAUCACCUGUAACCCUGUGCAGGGGGCCAUGUACACGUUCCCCCGCAUCACUCUACCUCAGAAGGCUAUCGACAAGGCAAAGGAGGAAGGCACAGUCCCAGACAUGCUUUACUGUAUGAGCCUGCUGGAGGAGGAGGGCAUCUGCUUGGUGCCAGGAAGCGGCUUUGGCCAGAGAGAGGGAACCUUCCACUUCAGGAUGACCAUCUUGCCUCCCACCGAGAAGCUGAAGGUUGUCUUGGAGAAAAUCAGUAAUUUCCACCAGCGGUUCACAAAAGAGUUUUCAUAAACACCCCCCACCUCGAGAACCAUCUCAUUCAGUGCCAGUAUCUUCAAGUGCCUUGUGUGUGAAGGAGACAAGUCUAACAACACUUCCUACUAUAAAUAGCUCUCUUUAAGACUGUAUUGACACUCUGGUCAGAUUUGUAUCGCUUAAAUCCAUGAAGAAAAUUUACUUAUCUAAACAGCUGGUCAGAUAUCUUACUCAUCUGAUGCACUUUCCCAAACUAUUACCAGGCCAGGUUUGUAAUGUUCAUAGAGAUUUUAUAGUGCUAAUUGUAUGUAGUAAUAUGAUAUACAGAUGCUGCUACAGGGUCAUCUUUUUCCUGCUAAGACUAGUUAUAAUUACUAUUAACCUGACAGGCCCGAAAAGGCACUUGCAUUACUAAUGUUUAAAUUGUUUUUAAAUGUGAUUAAAACACUUGAAUUUCUAAAA